AGCAUUAGACAUUCUGGGCUUGAAUAUCUUUGUCCAUAUUCGCCUUAAGGCAUAUUAGAUAAAACACCAUACCCUCUAUGAUCGAUCUGUGGAUUAGAAUCCCAAACAUCCCUGCUUAAUUCAUAUUUAAUUAUUUGACUACAUUGAAUUUCCAUCUUCAGGCAAAUGUUCAGGAGAGUUGCAUUUUUAACUCCAAUGAUGGCGAAUUAAAUCGAUAUCGCUGUAGUGUCAGAAUCGAAGAGAAUGAUUGAUUUCCGAUUUUCCACUGCGAUGCCUUUGGCUGUGUGCCAGGCGAGAGUGAUAGCGCCCCAGGGAGUCGUCCUGGACGACCCGUUCGGUAUCGAUUAAUGCACAUUCGACCCACUGUGGAGUCGAGCACGCCAGCACGAACACGGGGAGGCGAAGAAGUGAUGAAUAAUCAGCAUGGGGUGCGCCCAGGCCACUCCCUUAUCAUCCAAUUGUCGCAUAUUAAUUCACAUGGAGAAAAUAUACUCAGUUGUCUGCUGGGCGCGAUGAGCGACGAGCCAGACUGGCUGGAAGAGGAGGCUCUCGGUGGAUUCCGUGUGUGGCAGCUGAUAUUCCUCUGCGCCUCCGGGGCGUUGAGCUUCAUAAUUGUUCUGUGCUGCUGCUUCCGUUUUCGCAUUCCACGGACAAAGCAGGACAUCGAGGCGGAUUAUCAGCGCCGGAAAAUCGCCAAGAAGUUCCGGGAGCGCCUGGCGUGCAUCCACAAUUCCGAGAUGGACGACAUGAACCUGCAGAAAGCCGUUGAGCGGGUGCGUGCAGAUUUCCUCGCGUCCACUGACGUCACUUCCGGAAAAGCCAACAUAAUCGACGGGAAGUCGCCCAAGAAUGGCGUCCGAGUAUAGGAAUCUUUGAAGC